ACCCCGCCUCUUGUUACCAAAGCCGGUGUCUGAGAGAGAUCCUCGGACUCGAAACGCCGUCUGUUGAUGUCGUCGAUUUGUACUCAUUUGUUUACAAAACACCGCGGAGAGGCUGCGAACGUGCGUUUGGUGUGAACCCAAACGCGCCGCCUCUCACCCGGACGACACUCUAGUCUCGUUGUUUUCCUUUUGGGACGAGCGUGGGUUUCCCCCAUCCGGAUGAAAGGAUCCUUGGCACAUUUUUGUUCUUGCGACGAGGGCACGAGACACGGGAGAACCGCGCCAACAGGAUCCUAACUCCAGCCCGGCAAAGCCAAGACCAAGAUCGUUCUUCAAUUUUACGAGGGGACUUGAAUUAAAGGAAUGCUGCUUUCCAAGCUCAACUCCCUGGCCCACAUUUCCAGCGACAUGCCGGCGAAGCUGCAAGUUCAUCCAGCGAGGGAACCUUUCGAGAAGCUCUACCAGGUCGGGGCGGUGUUGGGCAGCGGCGGUUUCGGCACCGUGUAUUCUGGCACUAGGACGUCAGACGGAGCACCGGUGGCUGUAAAACAUGUCGCCAAGGACCGCAUCUCCGAGUGGGGGGAGCUGCCCAACGGCUCCCGGGUCCCGAUGGAGAUCGUGCUGUUAAAGAAGGUCGGCACAGGCUUCAGGGGCGUCAUCAAAAUGCUGGACUGGUUUGAGCGAGCGGACAGCUUCAUUAUCGUCAUGGAGAGGCCCGAAAACGUCAAGGAUUUGUUCGACUUCAUCACGGAGAAGGGCGCCCUGCCCGAGGAGCUGGCCCGCAGCUUCUUCCGCCAGGUGCUCGACGCCGUGCGUCACUGUCACAGCUGUGGCGUGGUGCACCGAGACAUCAAGGACGAGAACAUCCUCAUCGACCUCCGGACCGGAGAGACCAAGCUCAUCGACUUUGGCUCUGGAGCCCUGCUGAAGGACACCAUUUACACAGAUUUUGAUGGCACUCGAGUUUACAGCCCACCAGAAUGGAUCAAAUACCACCGCUAUCAGGGGCGCUCGGCCACAGUUUGGUCGCUGGGUGUGUUGCUGUACGACAUGGUGUGUGGAGACAUCCCAUUCGAACAUGACGAGGAGAUCCUCCAAGGACAAGUCCUUUUUAGGAGGAGAAUCUCUGCCGAGUGCCAGCAGCUGAUCAAGUGGUGCCUGUCUUUGCGGCAGGCCGAUCGGCCGUCCUUUGAGGACAUCAUCAACCACCCAUGGAUGCAGAGCACGCCCUCUUCGGCGCUGCUGCCCACGCCGCAAACGGACAAGUCGAGCACAGAGAUCAAGUUGCACAGCAUCAGCCACGAGCCCUCGGCCUUCACGUCGACCUCUGUGGCCGUGGCGCUGUGACGGUGGAGAAAAGUGCCGCGUUUGGAACCUCGCCAUCCUUGUGCCUCACUUGAUUUACUCCCUGUGAUCACAUCAGACCACCAUCGAUCUCUGUGGACUCUGAUGCCUGAUUGUUAGCCUGUACGAGGGCGUGCUCUGCUUACUGAACAGCACAUGUUGCCAGGAGGGUGCGAGUUAUGUAACCACUCUGCUGCAGAUUUGUUUUUAAAAGUGCCUUAUGAGACUGUUGGGGGGAGGGGGGACCUGGAAAUACUUGAAUAUUUGGAAUGCAAAAAAAAAAGGCUAAUGUUAUUGAUAGUCUUUCAUUUUUUUUUUUUAAACAAUGCUCAAGGCUUUAUCUUAUUUUUUUCCACUCAUGGGCCUAGAUCAGUGAAGCCUAUGUCGUUACGUUACAACCACCACUAGCACUACUACUGGUCAAUCCAAUCUCAUUAGCAACCAGACGAAACCUCACGGCUCUGGCAGCAUCCUGUGCAAACAUCAGAACUGGACUUACCUCACCUGCUUCUCAACCGCAGCAUCUGCCUUUCUCUUUUCCUUCCUCCGUGUCACAACCACACCCUGAACCACUCCUCAAUGCAAAAUCGGGCAUCGCGAAAUGCACCAUCCUCCGGCAUCAUCUUCUCCUUGACAUAUUUGAAAAGAUUAUGUCAAAACAGUGCCUCACACAGGUCUUAAAACAUUGGGCGGGAGUCUUGAAUUAUAUAAUAUGGUAUUUAUUUUUUUUUUCUGCGACAAGCUUCUUAUCGAGAUUUUAUUUAUUUAAUUUAUGAGAAGAAUUACGGCUGUUCAAUUGUUUCAUUCCACAGUCACUGAAGGGCCCACCGUUAUUUAAGACACAAAAGCAAGAAUAUUUUUUGACCAUAUUUAUUAUGGCUUGAAUUUUGUUUUGUAACAAAAGAGCAGACACACGCGUGUGUAUGAUUGUAUAUGUCUUGUAAAUAACUUGUAAAUAGUUCCCAAAGCACUUCCAUGUUAGUGUAUUUGAACACUGAACGUCUACUGAUGAACUGUUGGAUGCAGUGUGCCUGCGUGUAUGUGAAAGCGAGAAACCUCAUUUGGAUGCAGCUUUGAUUGUUCAUUUCCUUCAACCAUUCAGAUUAGAAUUGUACAUGAUGUUAGAAAUUAUUUUUUUAUACGAGUUCAAUAAAUAUUUUGGUUACAACGUUGA